CAAUUUAUUGUUAAAUUCCACAGCAAACAGUAGAUUCCACUGAAUUGUAAGUGACUUUCGUUAACAUAACGCCUAAUUCCUCCGGAUUAAAUAUAAUCGGCUUUUGAUAGACCGGAUCAGUCCGAAAAAGGCACCAAGUUUAUCCUCACUAGACCCCCACUGAGUAAAAUAUCUCCCUGAGCGGAGAGUCCAGUUUGGACAGAGAGUAAUCAUUAACAUACCAGCAAUGUAUGCAAAAUCGUGACAAGACAAAUUGUCCAUUGAACAAGAAAUUUUUUACGCUUGACUGGCUUUGUGUUUGUCUCAGUUCGAUACGCAAGGUUUCUCCACAGUUGUUGUGGUUUUUCCCUCAAAUGCCUCUCAGACACCGUACCUCUGCGAGAAUUAGCCAUUCCGCGUGGGUUAAGUGAAGGAAUUUUGAUAGACAAGGGUAUUUUAUUACACCACUAUAAUCGCCUUCGUGCGCAGAGUGCGUGUCAACGUGAGAAAUCUUCCAUCGGGUUGUAAAUGAAAGUUUGUGCUUCAGAUCAUACAAGGAAUACUUUCCUCUGUUUAGGAAAUGAGGAAUCCUACAGGUAGUCAUCGUGAUGCUCCACUCACUGUCAGCUUUCCAGUUCCGAAGAAGGCAGCAAACAAACUUCGCAGCUUGGCGAUUUCCAAGGAUCGUCGCCUGCUUGAUCUGGGUGUUUUAGCUGUGCAGAUCAAUGAAGGAGAAAGCAUUGUUCUUGGGAUUAAGCUGGGAAGGCGAAAACUGAAGAGAACGGAAGUGGAAUCCAACAAAACUAAGGGAAAUGCUUGUAAAGGAAGAAUAACAAAGAGGCAUUCGUCGUUGCGUAAUUUGGGGACUGUUCACCAUAUGCCGACAUCUUUGUCGCAUGCAGACAAACCGGCAACCGCGCAAAUAACAUCGUUCUCUUCAUCUAAUCACAAGGACGAGAAGAGUGCAAGCAUAAGAGCAGGUAAAUCUAAUGGAGAUGCUCCGGCAAAUGAAUUAUUCAGCAGCAUGAUCUCGGGCACAAGCGACAAAUCUACGAAUGGCUCCAAUUUUCAACUAUCGGAUUACAAAACUCGUAGUGACAAUAGAGUUCUGUCAGUGAAUGGAGUACUAAGUUCCUCCAAAAACAAAGAAUCUAGGCUGGAUAUAUCGCACAGUAAUGUUGGCUUAGCGAGUGGUAGAGGUUUUUCGAGUUCAGAGUCAAACUUACGGAAGUCUAGUAGCGGAACUCGCAGAAAUAGCCGCGAGACACCUCCAAGUCCUGCUGUGAUUUCUGGAAGCAGAUUUUCAGCAGAUCGGCGUUUAUCUUCUCCUAACGGUCAAAGAGCCAACAGUGCAAGUCCUUGGUCAGAAACAAGUAGCACUAGCUCGGAUGAAAAUCUGGAAGAGGAAGUUCGUCAGCUGAUUUACAACUGCUACAUGGAUCAAAGCAAAUACAGUGCUGCAGACAUGUUAAAACAGCUAGCUAAAGCACAUACAGGCACUAAAGAAACCAGCAACUCUACCAUGGGAAAUACUUCUGUUUCUUCAUCUGAAGUCAAAACUGUAACUGUUACUCCAAAAUCUAGCUCAAAUAGUAGUAUUUUACUAGGGCAACCCAGAAUCUCAUUGAGCAACAAGAGAGCAGCAAUAACUGGAAGUUACCGUGAGCAUGUGAAGAAUAUCCGUUGUUAUUCUCUCACGUCCCUUUCUACGAACACAGUAACAGUGAACUCUACUUUGAAUGUACCAUCCAGUACAAAUUCACAAGCAGAUACAUCCCAGAGUUGCAAAGGGAGUAUCACAACCAAUUCACUGAGUUUUGGAGAAAGAAAUUUACCCACGAAACCUACUACCCACUCUACAUCAUCUAAGGCUUGUACAUCCUCCCAAACACUAAACAUUCUUACAAGCUCUUCUCAAACAACACCAGCCUAUCAUGGAGCACGCAAAGUAUUGUGGUCAGGUGCAAAUGUUUUUCCAGUCAACAGAUCAACUUUAGGAUCUUCCUUAGAAACUCCCUCUAGCGAGACUGCAACUUCACUUUUGCAAGCAUCAAAAAACAAUUCACCAUCCAUUUUUGCACAGAUUAAUGCCGCAACUUCUUCUCAGACAACCACAUCAGUACCCUUUGAGAUAAAGAAUUCUGUCUACAUCUCUAACAAAGUUCCUGAAGAGGAACUGGCUAAAGAGAGCAAAGUGUUGCAGAGUGACUUGAAAACAGUCAUAAUGAAAACUCCAGCAUUGGCCCUUGAUUCACAAGAAUCAGUAUCCCUAGCUAAGCCAAUUACCAACAGUCCACAAGCUGUAAAGCCUGUAGCAUCUCCAAUUGUCCCACAGGAUGGUAACAGCGUUCAAACAGUGAGCCAAGGAACCAAAUAUGUGCAAAAUCUGACUCUUGCAAGGUCAGCCUUGCCGGCUGCUAAUGUUGUUAUUGCUGGAACAAACACUCAAACAACUUGGUCCAAUCAGCAAGUUUCUCCAACAUAUUUUUUAGGUCCACAAACACAGUAUGGUAUCUACCCAGCAAUGUAUAACACAGAUGUUAACAACAACCAACUGGCACAGCAGGCAGUUCCAGCUGGAUACCCUUUGAAUUAUGUUUAUCCUAUCAGUAUUGUGUACCCUUAUCUGUCAGUAGCACAACCCAGUGGUGCUAAAAAUCCUGAUGGUGAGGAAGUCAAACAGGAGAAAGGAGAUACAGAUGUGGAGAAAUUAGACACAUCUGUUUCAUGUGGAGCUGCAGCAACGCCAAGGAACGAUUCUUCAAUGUCAGUUCAUCAAGGAAACAGUUUGAACACUGCUGGUUUGGUUUCAACCAACAGUAACACAGCUCCUGUGCAGACACAGUUUAUUGACCUGGCAAGCUCCAUGAGAUACUGGCAACAGCUCAAUUUACUGUACAGAAGUAGACUGCAAGCACUAACUCCUGGCAGCCUCUCAAAUGUCGCUGCAGUGCCUUCCAAUCCAGCAAAUAUAACCUCUGCAGCUGUGACAUCAACUUCUGAUUCAAGUUCAGUUGUUUGUGGAACAGCUGUGGGGUCUAGUCCACAGGAAUUUCCAUUUUCUAAGUCAGAACUGUCACAUUCAAACAUUUCCAGAAGUUCUUACUCUGAAAUCUUGAAGAAGGUGAAACCUGAAGAGGGAUCUGAACUAGGACAAAGUGACUUAAAGGAGUUAACCAAUGACAGACCUUCAGUCAUCGUGGCAGCUUCAUGUAAGGACAAUGCUGUUAAGAUGGAAAACAAUCAAAAUGGGACACAGAAUGAAGGCCAAGAGCUUAAAGAACUGAAUGAAACAUUUUCUCCUAAAUUUCUCCCUGGAAAAUUGCAGCACUUUUCCAAUGAAGAUCUGGCAGAAGGAAGUAGUCAUGUUUCAACUCCAACUCUGAGCUUUGUCCAUGACAGUUCCAUAGCAUAUGUGAACAUUGGGAACAGCAAUGGUAAUGGAUACAGCCAUGCAAGCUACAGUGGGAAUCUUGUGGGAACAAGAAGAUCAUCUUUGGAAGGUCAAGAGGAUUCUAUUAUUCGGCCUGCAAAGAGGAAAAAAGCCAAGAGAUCGUUAUAACAUCUUUGUUUUAAUAUAAAAAUAUAUUUUUCAUACGCUAAAACUGAUUAAAACCUUAUAUGUCCUCACAAAAUUAGUUUUAUAGGUAUAUAGACUAGGUUGAAUUAUGUUAUGCUUAUAGUAAUACUCUAUAGAAU